GAUUACAACCCUAAAAAAUGUUUCAUUAAAAAUAAAGAGAGAGAGUCUUCCCUGAGCUGCUGGAUACCGGACGGCGAGUGUGUUUCAUUGUCAUCCCCACCGUGUAACAACACUAAAACGACACCGUAUCCAUCUUCUUCCCAUUCUCCCUAAACCUUCUUCCUCUUCCAAACCCCGUCAUGCUCGACAUAACAAAACUCAGAUUAACAUUCAAAUUUUUCAAUCUUAAACCCUCCCUAAACCCUAGAUUUCACAGCACAGCAAAAACCUCACUUCAAAUUCAAUUACACCCAAAACCCAAACUUCCCUCAAAAUCCACCAUCAAAGAAGCCCAAGCCGCAUUACUAGACUAUCUUCACUCCACAAGAAGCUUGCAGUUUCUAGACGCGGACAACAUGUGCAAAAACUCGCCUUUUUUCAUUCAAACCCUCGUCGAAAAAACCCUAAAAAACGAGAAGCUUGUAAACCCUAAGCGCUUGAUUUCUCGGUAUUUACGUUACCAUCCAAUCAACGAAUUCGAACCGUUUUUCGAGAGUUUGGGUUUGAAGCCUUCGGAAUAUAUACCUCUUCUUCCUCGUGACUUGAUUUUCCUUAAUGAUGAUCCUGUUAUGAUGGAGAAUUAUCAUACUCUGUGUAACUAUGGGGUUCCGAGGUCUAAAAUGGGGAAGAUUUUCAAGCAGGCACCGGAGGUUUUUAGAUUUGAAAAUGGGGUUUUGGGUUUGAAGAUUAAGGCUUAUGAGAAGAUGGGUGUUUCGUCUUCGGUUUUAGUGAAUGCUGUUGCUGUAAGUCCUGGGAUUUUGGUUGGUGAUGUUAAUGUUGAUUUUGUGGAGGUUGUGGAUAUGUUGAAGGAUAUUGUUGCUGAUGGUGGUGAUGUUGAUAGUGGUUGGAUUAAGUGGGAUUUUUUGGAUGAGGUUUAUUGUAAUUGGGGCUUGAUGCGUGAGCUCUUGUGCUUGCUUUCGGAUGCUGGUUUGAGGAAGGAAGAGUUGGCGGAGAUUAUUCAUCGUAGUCCUUGUGUUGUUUUUGAGGAAUCGGGAGGUAGGACGCUCUCUAUGAUUGGUUUUUUGACUAAAUUUGGAUUGUCCGUGAACCAGAUUGCCCCUGUGUUUCUUGAGUUUCCGCAGAUUCGGAUGGUCAAGUUUUUAGCCAACUUGAGAGUGUGUUUUCAGCUUCUGACUGAGAUUGAGAUGGAAGCUGCAGAGAUUGGAAAGAUUUUCCAGUCUCACACGUUAUUUAUUGGUUCAUAUACUCUUAAGACGACAAAGAGUUUGCUCGGUUGCUUGAAUGUUGGCAAGAAGCGUCUCUGUGCCAUAGUGCAGGAAAAUCCUCAUGAAAUGAAGAAGUGGAUUCUGGGGAGGAGAGUUAAGCCUUUGGUUAGCUUAAGGGAGGAGGAAGAGGAAAGAUCGAGGGCGGGGAAGACAGAGUUCUUGCUGCGUUUAGGUUAUGUGGAAAACUCAAAACAAAUGAAUACGGCAUUUAAGGUGUUCAGGGGUAAGGGAGCUGAACUUCAGGAGAGAUUUGAUUUUAUUGUUAAUGCUGGCUUGACACGUGACGAAGUUUGUAGAAUGAUUAGAGUUUCCCCGCAGAUUCUUAAUCAGACCACAGACAGGGUCAAGAUGAAAAUUGAGUAUCUUCAAAAAACAGGAUAUUCUGUAUCAGAUUUAGUGAGUUUUCCAUCUUAUCUUUCAUACAAAUCUCUAAGAGUUAAACAUAGGUUGUCAAUGUAUAACUGGCUCAUAGACAAUGGAGCCGUAGAGCCCGGGCUUGCUUUGAGCACCAUAAUUGCAUGCACAGAUAGAAUAUUCUUACAAAGUUAUGUAAAUCGCCAUCCCUUCGGCCUUCAAGUUUGGGAAGAUUUGCAGAAAGAAAUUCAUUCUGAAGAUUAAUGAAUAAUCAGAUACUAGCAUAGCAUGCUCAAUGAUUGUUUAAUCUAGCGAAUAUUUUUACCAAUUGAACUGCAAUUGGCAUUCUGAAACAAAUCACUUCAAGUUUACUUAACAAGAGGUCCGUGGUUGUGAUGUCAAAGGUUUUUUGUGUUUUUGUCCCCACAACGCGGCUGCAAUCGAGAACCCGCAUUAGAUCAACUCUUUGUCCCCACAACGCGACUGCAAUUGAGAACCCGCAUUAGAUCCACUCGACCGCGAUUCUCUGCAAUAACAAAAAUUGCAAAGCCAUUGCUAUUCAAAACCAUCUAGCCAGCCACCAGCAUGCUGUUACGAAACCUAUGGGGAUGACUAAAGCGCAGCAGCUUUCAUGAGCAAGCAUCAUAGGUAAGAACAGCAGCUUUCAUGAACAAGCAUCAUAGGUGAUUGCCGAUUGCGAAUGUUUCGGACAUGACCUGUAGAUGGGGAGACUUGAGAGGAAUGUUUCACUUGCAUUACAUUGAAAAUUACUGUCCAAAUGGUUGAGAUUUGCAAUUUCUAGAACUCGCAAUUGUAGAAUACAAACAGUUGAGAUUCACACACAGAAUCUGGAUUCAGCAUACAUGUACCUGUCUGCAAUUUGGCAUGGUUUGUAUUACGUGCCGCCGAAACCAUUCGAACAGAGAUUUAUAUCAUUUGUCACUUGAUUUUUUUUGGAACAAAUUUAGUGUUUGUAUUAGUUGAAGUGGAGAUUGUUGUAGUUUCAAAAUGUUGCAGAGAACUCGAUAAUACAUUAAACUGAUUUAAACCAGGUAUAUUCGCCGUCGAACUUUAGCACAUUUAUGUAAUUAUCUUCUUACUUUACUAGUAGUUUUUUCAUUCUAUUUUAUCAAUUUGGCAUUGAGUUACUAGCUACUAGUUUAUGAUUCCUCCUCCAUAAUGUUAGUUAGAAUUGUUGCCUUUCUUGUUGGGGGCAAAAGUUGAGCAUUCAAAUGCAAACUUUAUUAUUUUGGAAUCAUCAAAUACAAACUUUAAAGCAACGAAUUUAAUUGUAACUAACUACCAUUCAUUCACUUUAAAAUUGUAGAUGUAGAUUAGGUGGGUAGCUUCAAUAGCCUAUUGAAUUCUUAAUUUCAAAUCUGUAAAACUUUUCUAACAAAUAUAGUAAAGUCUAAUACAGUAUGAAUUGGCCUUUCAUUACAUAUUUGACUCUACUUGGAACUAGUUAAAUUCACAUGAUUAUAACCAGACAAUGGCUUUUUGGUGGGUCCAAUUGUUAAGCUGUGUUUAUCAUUUUGGAUUUUAUGUUAAGUGGAGGUUAAGGAAGUGUUUAAUAUUUAUUUAUAUGGUUUUGAUAAUCUUUUAUUAGAGAUCUCAAAUUUUGUUGAAGAUUUGGUUUGUUAUGAACAAGAGCAUGCUUAAAGUUGAUGUUGGUGUUGCUGUUGUUGAUUCUAAUGGGAUAGUACAAGAUUAAAGUUGAUGUAGGAUGUUUCCUUUAAGGAAAUUAUUGGUUGGGAGUAUGAUUAUUUAUGAUAACUAUAAUUCAAUAACAUGGUU